AUGGAAAAAAUGAACGGUUAUCAAAACAACAAACAAACCAAAACCAAUCUUCCAAAUGUUCUUGUAAUAGGUCCUCCAAAAACCAUAGGACCCCUCAAACCCAACCAACCUCAAAACUACAACUUAUCAAAACCAUGGGAUCCCAACUCACAACCACUAGAACACUUCAUGGUUGAAAACAAAUAUGAUCCAUCAAUGUUUCAAGCCCUCAUUUGUUAUCCAUUAGGUCCUCCCAUCAAUGACACUUUUCUUCAAAAUUUUCCUUGUUUGAAGCUUGUUGUCACCACGAGCAGUGGAACAGAUCACAUAGACCUUGGUGUUUGCAAAUGUCGAGGUAUUCGAGUUGCCAAUGUAGGUAGUGUGUACUCAGAGGAUGUUGCUGAUGUGGCUGUGGCUUUGCUCAUUGGAGUUGUGAGCAAAAUUUGUGCAGCAGAUAGAUUUGUUAGAACAACCAUGCGGUUUAACUUUCCAUAUUGUUCUAAUUCUAAGCUAAGGGGAAAGCGAGUUGGAAUUGUUGGAUUAGGAAGCAUUGGCAUGGAAGUAGCUAAAAGGUUAGAAGCUUUUGGAUGCAUUAUUUUGUACCAUUCCAGGAAGAAAAAGCCCUUUGUUACAUACCAAUUUUAUUCAAACAUGUUUGAACUUGCAACUGCUAGUGAUGCAUUGGUUCUAUGUUGUUCACUAAAUGAACAAACAAGGCAUAUUGUUAACAAAGAAGUGAUGUUAGCAUUGGGAAACAAAGGUGUUAUAGUGAAUGUUGGAAGAGGGUCCUUAAUUGAUGAACAAGAGUUGGUGAAAUGUUUGAUGGAAGGACACAUUGGUGGUGCUGGUUUGGAUGUGUUUGAGAAUGAGCCUAAUGUUCCUCAACAACUUUUAGCAUUGGACAAUGUGGUUCUGUCACCUCAUAAUGCUGCUUUUACUAUUGAAACUUUCAUGGCUGCAACUCAAAUUGUUGAAGAGAAUCUAGAAGCCUUUUUCACCAAUAAGUCCUUAGUCACACAAGUUCAUUUGAAUUGA